CGCUGCCUGGCAGUUGUUCGCAGGCACAGGAAGGCGGCGCGCGCGCGAGUGGCCGCGGCGCUCUGUCUCCAGCGGGACCUGGGGCCGGCGGCAGCGGCAGCAGCAGCAGCAUCAUGGGCAGCAGCUGACAGGCAGCAGCGCCGCGCAGCCCGCCCCGCAGCCGCACCCGCCGGGGAGAGCGGAGCGGAAAAGUUCCUGCCGCCGCCGCUGCCGAGGGGGAACUUUGCGCGGGGCGCUGAGCCAUGCCCGCCGUGAGCCUGUUGCCGCUGUUCGGCAGCCCCGCGGGGCCCGGCGCGCUGGGCGGCCCGCUGGGCGGCGUCCCGGGCGGCGGCAGGAAGGCGUCGGGCCCCAGCGCGUUCCGGUUGACGGAGAAGUUCGUGCUGCUGCUGGUGUUCAGCGCCUUCAUCACCCUCUGCUUUGGGGCCAUCUUCUUCCUGCCCGACUCCUCCAAGCUGCUCAGCGGCGUCUUCUUCCACUCCUCCGCCGCCCUACAGCAGCAGCCCCCGCCGCCCGGGGGGGAGCAGCGCGCCCCGCCGCCCGGAGCCGGCCCCGCCGCCGGGAGCAGCAGCAGCAGCAGCGCAGGGGAGGCGGCCGCGGCCGCGGAGAACUUGGCCAAGAUCCGCGAGGACCACGAGCGGGCUCUGCGCGAGGCCAAGGAGACGCUGCAGAAGCUGCCCGAGGAGAUCCGCCGGGACAUCCGGCAGGACAAGGAGAAACUUCUCCAGGACAGGCGCGGCAGGAAGGAGGCGGGGGCCGCUGGGCUACCCAGCCUGCUCUUCCGCAAGCCCGUCGGGGCCGUGGGGCGGGAGCCGGCGGACCCUGAUGUCCAGCAGAAACGGGCCAAGAUUAAAGAGAUGAUGAAACAUUCCUGGGAUAAUUAUAAGCGUUACGCUUGGGGAUUAAAUGAACUGAAACCCAUAUCUAAACAAGGACAUUCAAGCAAUUUAUUUGGUAACAUUCAAGGAGCAACAAUAGUAGAUGCCUUGGAUACACUGUAUAUCAUGGAAAUGAAAGAUGAAUUCAAGGAAGCCAAAGAAUGGGUAGAAAAGAACUUAGAUUUCAAUGUGAAUGCAGAAAUUUCAGUUUUUGAAGUAAACAUCCGUUUUGUUGGUGGUCUGCUUUCAGCAUAUUAUCUUUCUGGAGAAGAGAUAUUUCGAAAGAAAGCAGUGGAACUUGGAGAAAAGUUGCUCCCAGCGUUUAACACUCCCACUGGAAUACCUUGGGCAUUGCUUAAUAUUAAGAGUGGGAUUGGUCGAAACUGGCCCUGGGCUUCUGGAGGAAGCAGUAUUCUGGCAGAAUUUGGAACUCUGCAUUUGGAGUUCAUACAUUUGAGUCAUUUGUCUGGAAACCCAGUGUUUGCUGAAAAGGUAACGAACAUUCGUAAAGUUCUGAACCGGCUUGAUAAACCAGAAGGUCUUUACCCUAAUUAUCUGAAUCCCAGUAGCGGUCAAUGGGGUCAACAUCACGUCUCCGUUGGAGGACUUGGAGAUAGCUUUUAUGAGUAUUUGCUCAAGGCAUGGUUGAUGUCAGACAAGACAGAUGAAGAAGGCAAGAAAAUGUAUUAUGAUGCUGUUCAGUCCAUAGAAACCCAUCUGAUCCGGAAAUCUAGUGGAGGUCUGACGUACAUUGCUGAGUGGAAAGGUGGCCUGCUCGAACAUAAAAUGGGACAUCUGACCUGUUUUGCUGGAGGCAUGUUUGCACUGGGUGGAGAUGGGGCGCCUAAUGAUAAAACUGGGCGUCAUAUUGAACUUGGUGCUGAAAUUGCUCGCACGUGUCAUGAAUCUUAUGAUCGUACAAAUAUGAAACUGGGACCAGAAGCUUUCAGAUUUGAUGGAGGUGUAGAGGCCAUUGCUACAAGGCAAAAUGAGAAAUAUUACAUCUUGCGACCUGAAGUUAUAGAGACCUACAUGUAUAUGUGGAGGUUCACUCACGAUCCAAAAUACAGACAGUGGGGAUGGGAAGCAGUAGAGGCACUGGAACAACAUUGCAGAGUAGAUGGUGGCUAUUCUGGAAUUAGAGAUGUUUAUAGCAACCAUCAAAGCCAUGAUGAUGUGCAGCAGAGUUUCUUCCUUUCAGAGACCCUCAAGUACUUAUACUUACUCUUUUCUGAAGAUGAUCUUCUUCCAUUUGAACAUUGGAUCUUCAACACUGAGGCUCACCCUCUACCAGUUCUUCACAGAGAUGAUGGGAAGAAGGAAGAAAAACACAAAUAAAACAAUGUUAAGUUAAUUUUUGUUUCAUUCCUUAGAAGUUUCUUUCCAGUAUUGGGCACACAAUGCAGUUUUACUUAAAUUCCUGAGAUAUUUUGAGUUUUAAGCCAACUGUUUUGCAGUCUGUUAUAUUUGCCAGUAAAUAUUUAUGAAUGGACCUAAAUUCGUUACAGCAAAACUUUUAAUCUUAUUUUUCCAGCUGAACCACUUUUUUUUUUUUUUUUUUUUUUUUAAGAAAUCUGACGUCUCUAGAUUUCAUUAAGCUGCAGUGUCAUCUUUGCCAAAUAGAAUAGAGGGGUCUGCAUGUUACUUGUUUCCUAUUAUACUUUUGAUUUGACUGCAAAAUUCUUUCCUCCUCUGUGAGGAGAUGUCUGCUUUAAGCUGUAAUAUUUUGCCAUGUUGCAAAAAGCCAUAAAGAAUUAAGUAUAAAGAGCUUUUUUUUUUUCGUUGUAUGUUAAUUUUUUUUGUCUGUCUGUCAUCUGAGACAAAUCUUGUAACUGUGACAGCCUCUUCUUAUGCGGGUCUAUCAAUUGGUAAAAUAUCUUCUGAAAUUUUUAAUUAUCCAAGAUGUCUACAUAGGAAUAGUUUCAUCUCAUGCAGACACAAUUCUGUUUAAAACUGCAGUGUUCUUUGAAUUGAACCUAAACGUUUUUACAAAUCCAUUACAUUAGUUGGACAGAUCCUAGUUUUUAUUAAAACUCGCCUUUUUGUUUUUGUUUUGUUUAGAAUAUCACUGCAAACUGAAUUGUUUCUUCCAUUUUCUAACUAGAGUUACUAUCACUUCUAUAAUCAGUUUGGUAUGAGCAAAAUAAACAAUUUGAAAAACUGGCAUUAUUGAAUUAUUAAAAAGGGAAUCGUUUCUUAUUUAUAGCUAUUUACGUAAUCUGUUAGCUUUUGCAUUUGACUGGAUGUGUGACAUAAAUGAGAUGUUAUGAAAUUCUUUCUAAAGUUAGGCUGCGAAUUAUUCGAAUCGGAGAAUGAGAGAUGAUUUUUUUAAUCUGCUGUGAUCUUUUCAACAAUUCCAUUUGGUUUAGAUUGUGACCUAAGACAGUCAGCUGGAACAGAGUAGUUUAAUAUAGAUUAUCAGAACAGGAGUUCUGAAUAGCUCAAAGGAAACUUGUCUUCUUAAAAAAAAAAAAAAAAAAAAAAAAAAAAAAGUAUUGUUUGCAUUGGAAGAUAGAAAUUGACCAGGAUACAAUUAGUACAUUUUGGAAGCCCAGAACAAGGAUGACCAAAGUUAUAGAAAUACAACAUGUUUAAAAGUAUUCUUCAGA